UGCUCUCUUCUACUGUGUCAUGCUCCCCACCCCCUUUGCUUUCUUUACUACUACCGUCCCUUGCAUCAGGAAAUGGUUGCGGGAGGAAAUGGCUUGCAGAGCGUGUGGGGAACUCAGUCACAGCAGCAGCAACAAGGGGCAUAGUCAUGGGUGCAAGGUAUUGCUCGGCUCAGAGGUAAUGCCCAGGCCUCAGCAGGUGGCAUGAAAUAAAGGACCUGUCAGUGGUAAGGUCUACAAGUACGAUUUGAAGGGGAAGAUGUCAGACUCCUCUCUUUCAGCAGAGCUUCUUGAGGACAAUGUAAACCAAGCCGUGGCUGGACUAUCAGAUGCUUUUGAUUUCUCCCUGCGGGACGAUGCAAGCUCCCUGGGCUCUGAUUCUGAGCUGAAUGGGAUGCCUCCUUAUCGCCAGACAGAUCGCUUUGGCUUUAUUGGGGGCAGCAGCCUCCAAAAUGGCUUAGGCCAAGUCUCUGUUGAGAUCAUCCGGCACCGAGAGACCAAAUGGCUGGAGAUGACAACACACUGGGAGAAAACCAUGUCCCGGCGCUACAGAAAAGUAAAACUGCAGUGCCGAAAGGGGAUCCCUUCAUCUGUACGUGCCCGCUGUUGGCCUUUGUUGUGUGGAGGGCAGGCCAAAAUGGAAAGGAACCCUGGAAAGUACCAGGAACUGUGUGAGGGACCUGGUGAUCCUCAGUGGGUGGAGACCAUCACAAAGGACAUUCACCGACAGUUUCCUUUUCACGAGAUGUUCCUCUCCCCUGAGGGGCCUGGGCAGCAAGGGCUUCUGCAGGUGAUGAAGGCCUACACUGUCUAUCGUCCCCAGGAAGGUUACUGUCAGGCCCAAGGGCCACUGGGUGCCCUACUACUUAUGCACAUGCCCCCAGAGCAAGCCUUCUGGUGUCUGGUGCAGAUCUGUGAGCACUACCUGCCUGGCUACUACAGCCCCAAAAUGGAGGCCCUGCUGCUGGACAGUGAGGUGUUUGUGGCCCUCCUUCGCCGCCUGUGCCCCAAGGCCUGCAAGCACUUGCAGAAGCAUGGGGUGGACCCCUUCCUCUACCUGCCAGAGUGGUUCCUCUGCCUCUUCACCCGUACUCUGCCCUUCCCUGUUGUCCUCAGGAUAUGGGAUGCCUUCCUCAGUGAGGGGGUCAAGGUACUGUUUCGUGUGGGGCUAUUGUUAAUCCGCUUGGCCCUGGGGUCCUCAGAGAAACUGCGUGGAUGUGCAGGAGUAGUAGAGACCCUGGAGAAGCUGCGCAGCAUCCCAGCUCACCUUUUGCAAGAAGAUGCAUUCAUGGCUGAGGUUCAUGAUGUGCCCGUCUCAGAUCGUGAUCUGGAACGUGAAUGUAAAGCCCAACUGGUAAAGCUACGUAAAACCCGGCCUGAAUUCCAGUACAACCCAGAGUAUCGACUCCCUGGUUCAAAAGCCAUCUUUGAUGCCCAUCAACUGGAGGAGGCAACUAAAGGCACAGAAGCCAACCACAGCCAGACCCAUACUUUCUACAUCCCUCAGAUCAAAGUGGACCCUCCUCCUUUAUCCCCCAAAGGACACAAGCAGCUGGAAAAGGCUUCUGAACUGCAGGGCCAGAAUAAGCGGCAGACAAGGAAGAAGCCAGACACACGUGGAAAGACCUUCCAUGUCACUGGGCAGCCAGCUGUCAGAAGAGAAGAAAGGAUGGACCCAAAGGGGAAGUCUUCUUUCUACUUGGAGACCUGGUUCUGAACUGAGUCACUGUGGUGGAAUAGGGACUCUCACCAGUCACUGAGUCCACUUUUUUAAUGUGUGGGGGAAUCUGUUCAUAGGGAGCAUGAGAUGCUUGACCUUAGAACUCAUUUCUUGAAAAAAGAGACAAUAAGGUUCAACACUUUUCAUUUUGUAAGCCAUCCGUCUCCUUUAGGUCUAAGUACUUGAAGUAUUGGGGAGAUAGAAACAGAGAACCCCAUCUUUGGUAUCUUUUAUGGCAUCAGGCGUAUGCAAAUCUAGCCCUACAGGUUUUAAAGAAGUCCUCAAACACCCUGUGAAGAACAUUUUCUAGUAUUAACAAACCCUCAACUCAGGUCAAGAUGCACAGAACUCAAAACCAUGGGGCAGAGCAUCUGCAAAUCACCUCUCCCAAGUAAAACAACAAGAGCAAGAACAAAAUGACCCUUUUGCAGCAUCCACAAUCUGUUGCCUGAGGCUGCCACUUCAUUCUCCUUAAUGGUAGGACUAAUUCUACAGACUUCUUUUACCUUUUGAAUAUGAUAUGGCCAAAACUGGUGAGGGUCAAAAGGUGGAAGAUGUGAAUUUCAUUCUCAGGCUGUCCAUGUUUUCACCAUAUAAUUCACGAUGACUGAUAUAUGAGACUUCUUUUAGUGGGAAAAACAUAUUCUGGGCUUCCUCAGGGGCUAUACUUAUCCUAACUUACAAGUAUCCAACCUUAGCAGUGAAUAAAGGCUGCUACAGCUGAGAAUAAACAAAAUCCAAACAAAAUCCAA